AUUGUCACUUUAUGUGACAGAAAGUAGAGCAAAAUUGUGACGUGAAAGGAAAACUGCAGUUUUCCAGUUAUUCUUUUUUAUUUUUUACCAUGCAUUUGUGUUUAGCUAUGUUUAGUCAAUACCUCAAACAAUUCCUUUCAGAAGUAGUUCACCUGUUUGUAAUUUGUUUUUCGACAACCCAAUAAGUCUUUCUGAGGACAACAAACAGCACUGUGAAGAGACAGGAAUAGUCAGCACCAAAGUGGUAGAGUAGAGUUGUAAAAUCCUAAAAGAUUUAAGAUGAAGAGAACAUGAGUUAGAAUGGCCAAGACAGAAUCCAGAGCAAAAUCUAAAUGAAAAUCUGUGCAGAAUCUUGAACAUGUAUACUUGCAGAUGCUCUCCAUCCAGUCUGAGUGAAUGUAAGAAGGAUUUUACCAAAUUCCAGUCACAAAGUAGAAACUUACCAAAAACACUUGCUGUUGUGAGUGAAAUAGAUCUACAGACCUAAAGUUAUAGACAUGGCAGCCAUAUUCAUGUCAGAUUAUGUGUAGUGGUUGUCAUGGAACCCACAUUAUAAACUUAAUACUUACAUUAAAAUCUAAUGUGGGAAGUUAAUUCUUUGCUAGGUUUUUGGUUGUUUUCUUCCUGCCCUUGGUGCAAUCUAAUUGGGUUCUGUUGUAACUUCUCCGAUGUUCUUUUAAAAUUAUGUUUUGUCAGUUAUUAUUAUUACCUCUAAUGGCAGAAAGAGAAAACUUGAUGCUCUCUGAGCUGCCUGAAAGUAUCAGCAAACUGGUUCGUUUUUCAGUGACAUCCUCCGUGAUGUAGUUUUAUUCUAAUCGCCUCUUCAGAUCCUUGCCUGACACAAGUCGUGUGUCGCCGACGUUGGACUCCUUCAGCCCGCCGUCCUAUCGCUGCUCUCUCCUGUUUGGGACGAAUGGAAGUGAUCCAGGCAAGCCGCCACCGCAGCUGCUGACAACCUCCACUGAAUUCAGAAGGAAAGGUGUUUCAAGCAGGAACAACCUCCUUUAAUCCCUGGUCGCCUUCGCUUUUUUCUCCUCACAUAAACUUGAAGGUAUACGGGGGAUGUGAGUGUGUUUGGCGUGCUGCUCCCCGCAUUGUGGUGAAGGAAUGGAUGCGAGCAGAGGCGCACCGACCGAGGCAGCUCUGACACAGACCCAGCUCCUGUGUGAUGCAGCUGUGGAAAACCCAGGAGGACGAGCCGACGACUGCUUUUAAAACAUUAACAGGCCAGAGAUCAGCGGCUCCUUGUUAUUCAGCACGUGUUCGGAUUUGAUUUGAGGAUCUGGGAAAAAGCCAUGUUGCCUGUCUACUCUCCUGCCUUACAAUGAGAGAGAAGACAUCAGCGCUUUGAUUUCUUAAUUCCCUUCUCUUCUUGCUCUGAUUAUUCCCCACUGGUGUGUUCCUGGGUUUUGCUCUUUUUGGUGAUCACUGUGGAAACAACUCGCUUAGAUUACAGAAGUGUGCAAGAGAAGAAGACAGCGCUGGCAUCUCUCCAUGCGCGCUCCUAUGUUUUUUUUUUUUUUCAAUAUUAAAAUUAUGGAACUGUGACUUUAAACUGAGGCAGCAAAUAUCGCAUGCUUCCUACAUCUGCUCGGUGCUCGGUGUACGGACUGAGUGUUCAGAUGCGAUUUUGAGUAAAAUGCUGUGAUUGAGGUGCUUCUCUCUCUUUUUUUUUUUUUUUUGCCGGCUGUUAGUGACGCAACAUCUCACACAGACUGCAUGAGAAAUACAUGCGUAGAAGGGCGUGAACUUGGCAACGGCCAACAUCCUCCUUAUAAAUAAAGCAUCAACUUAUUCAUAAAGCCAAUUCGCGCGGUUUGCAGCCUCCCAGUCACCAUCCAUCCAAACUCAUCCCGCUGGAAAUAAUGGAUCUGAAAGCGGACCCGGAGGACGUGGACUACAAGCGGCCGGCUCCCAUUGAAGUUUUUGCCACCAGGUCCACGCUGCACGGCAUCUCGCACAUGUUCACUUAUGAACGAAAGUACGUGAAGCGCAGCCUGUGGAUUGUGUUCUUCAUGGCCUCUUUGGGGGUGCUGGUGAUGGUGUGCGUGGACCGAGUGCAGUUUUACUUCGAGUAUCCCCACGUCACCAAGCUGGACGAGGUGGCCGCGUCCAUGAUCGUGUUCCCCGCGGUCACCUUCUGCAACCUCAACUCCUUCCGCUUCAGCCAGGUGACUCACAACGACCUGUACCACGCUGGCGACUUCCUCGCCUUGCUCAACGGCAGGUAUGAAAUUCGGGACCCACAUCUGGUUGAGGAAAGUGUUCUGAAGAUCUUGAAGGAGAAGACGGACUUUGCCGACUACAGGCCCAGACCCUUCAACAUGCGUGAAUUCUACGAGCGAACGGGCCAUGAUAUUAAGGAAAUGCUGCUGUCCUGCUCCUACAGAGGGACGGAGUGCAGCGCUGAACACUUCAAAGUGGAAUAUGGUGUAGGAUGGAGACAUUAAAAACACGGAAGACUUGAAUGAAUUCAUUCACCAUCAACGUCAUGUCUUAUUUUUAGUGGAUACUUAUUGGAUUUAUUCAAUAAUCUUGUCAAAUUCUGUACAUACAUUUAUUGUCUCUGAGUUAAAAACAACUGAAGAUGAGUAGCUUGAGUCUGACUGGACAAAUACUUGAGCUAAUUGGUUAAAGCGAUAACAUUUUUAAUUUUAUUCAGAGAGAACAGGAUGAGAAAAUGAUUUAACAACUACCAGGCAGUAUAUUGCAGUUUGGUGACUUUAUUUAGAAAAACAAACACAGGAUAUUUUGUGACAAUAACUUUGCAGUUAUUUAAAGAACAUUUAAAAUAUUAUGCAAUGCUUGUGUUAAAAAUAGGAUGUUCUUUGCUUGCAUGUUGGUGCGUUACAAAAGUUUAUUAGCACUAUUAUGUUCAUGCAAAUUUAUUUCUAAAAGGUCACCAUUAGAUCAGUGCUUAGGUUUGAAAUGCAGGCUGUAUUUUAUAUUUUGAUUAGCUCCAAGUAAAUAAAUAAUGUUGCCAUU